AUGUCGUGGAAGCAGACGGCUCAUGGCAAGAGGGAGGCCCUGCUGUCAUCCAUCCCUCAAGAAUGGAGGCUCUCACCCGAAGAAGUUGGUGGACGUACCAAGCAGCGAAACGUGGUGGACGUUGUAGCUGAGCGCAUUUCUACCAGUGCUCGUGAGAUUACGGAACAGCCUGUUGCGCAGCUAUUGCAGAGACUACGGAAAGGGGAUGUCACGGCAUUCGAGGUCUUGACCCAUUGCCUGAGCGAGUACCAGUAUCAAGACGCCAGGAAGCAUGCGGCCAUGCUUGAUGAGUAUUGGCGUGUUCAUCAAAAGCCAAUUGGACCUCUUCAUGGACUGCCAGUCAGCUUGAUGGAUCGCUUCAACAUAGCCGGCUUAGACAGCACUUGUGGCUACGUCAGCGGGAUAGGGAAGCCCGUGGGUGCUGAUGACGAGGGUGUAUUGGUGAAGCGUCUACGAAGCCUCGGUGCUGUCAUUCUGUGCAAGACAAGUGUGCCGAUGAGCUCCAUGAUGGGCGAGACUGACAACAACAUCAUGGGCUUCACUUUGAACCCAUACAACAGGAUGUUGUCGGCCGGAGGUGCUUGUGGUGGUGAGUUGUCGGACUGA